AUGGCCACCACGGUGUUCCCGGGCGUGCGGCUGGUGUCGAUCGGGGAUCAGAACGGCGAGAUCCAGCGGCACUCGGACCAGCAGCCGCUCAAGCUGGAGAUCAAGACGACGCAGGACAACGCCUUCAUCAGCCUGUACAGCAAUGAGGCUGUCUGUGUAUUUAAAUGUGCAGUAAAUAGGGAAACUGAAUGCAGCCGGGUCGGCAAACAGUCCUUCAUCAUUACAUUGGGAUGUACCAGUGUCCUCCUGCAAUUUCCAUCUCAGAAUGAGUUCUUCUCCUUUUUUAAUAUUCUGAAAAACUGCAGAGGACACAACCUUGAACGAUCUGUUUUCAGUGACCGAACAGAGGAAUCUUCUGCUGUGCAGUAUUUCCAGUUCUAUGGAUAUUUGUCACAGCAACAGAAUAUGAUGCAAGACUACAUACGAACAGGUACCUACCAAAGGGCAAUACUUCAAAACCAUGCAGAUUUUAAAGACAAGGUUGUACUAGAUGUUGGCUGUGGCUCGGGAAUCCUAUCGUUUUUUGCAGUGCAGGCAGGAGCACGAAAAGUGUAUGCAGUGGAAGCAAGCACCAUGGCCCAGCAUGCUGAGAUGCUGGUGAAAAGCAACAAUCUAGCAGAUCACAUCCUCAUCAUCCCAGGGAAGGUGGAGGAAGUCAGCAUUCCAGAACAGGUCGAUAUCAUUAUCUCUGAGCCUAUGGGUUAUAUGCUAUUCAACGAACGCAUGCUGGAGAGCUACCUGCAUGCCAAGAAAUGGUUGAAACCAAAUGGUAAUUUGUUUCCAACCCUGGGUGAUGUUCACCUUGCACCCUUCACAGAUGAGCAGCUUUACAUGGAGCAGUUUACAAAAGCAAAUUUCUGGUAUCAGCCGUCGUUCCAUGGUGUGGAUUUAUCAGCCCUGCGGGGCGCUGCUGUAGAUGAAUACUUCAAACAGCCAAUCGUGGACACAUUUGAUAUCCGGAUUCUAAUGGCCAAGUCGGUGAAGUACACAGUGAACUUUCUAGAAGCCGAAGAGAAUGAUUUGCACCGAAUAGAAAUUCCAUUCAAGUUCCAUAUGUUGCAUUCAGGGUUAGUCCAUGGUUUGGCAUUCUGGUUUGAUGUGGCCUUCAUUGGAUCCCAAAUGACAGUGUGGCUCUCUACUGCUCCAACAGAACCUUUGACUCAUUGGUACCAAGUUCGCUGUUUGCUUCAGUCACCACUUUUCACUAAGGCUGGUGAUACUCUCUCAGGGACUGUCGUGCUGAAUGCCAAUAAAAGGCAAAGUUAUGACAUUAGUAUUCUAGCCCAGGUAGAUCAGACUGGUUCCAAAUCUAGUAACCUACUCGACCUGAAGAAUCCCUUUUUCAGGUACACGGGUACAACUCCCUCACCGCCACCAGGUUCACAUUAUGUGUCACCGUCAGAGACCAUGUGGAAUACAUCUGCUUCUUACAACCUUAGCUCAGGAUUAGCAGUGUCUGGAGUCCCAACGGCUUAUGACUUGAGCAAUGUUAUUGCCAGUGGAUCUGCAGUCAGCCACAACAACCUGAUUCCAUUAGCCAACACUGGGAUAGUGAAUCACACUCACUCAAGACUGGGAUCCAUUAUGAGCACAGGAUUUAUACAGGGGUCUUCAAGCGGUGGACAGGGUGGAGUUAUUGCCAGCAGCAGCCACUAUUCAAUCAACAGUCAAUUCACCAUGGGCGGCCCUGCCAUCUCCAUGGCUUCUCCGAUGUCCAUAAGCACCAACACAAUGCACUAUGGCAGCUAAGAGUUCAUGACACCACCUCUGACCUUUUAGAACUGAUACUUUCAAGAGGAAUAAAAACCAAAUCCAGAUUCAGUUCCAUCCAAAAAAAAAAGUCUAUGAAUUGUCCAAAUUCAUUAUCCAUGGAUUUAGCUAAGCCUGAGCUUGGGAAGUGGGUGUGCGUGAGGGGUGGGUUGGGAUUUCUUUUUUUUUUCUUGGUUUUUACCAUGGAGAUACAAUAAUGCAGAUUCUUUGAUACAAGACUUGUAAAGUUUUAUAUUGCUUAAAAGGGGGGGGAAGGGUGAAAUGAUUGCUGUCUGAUCUUGCGAUUGGUCUGUAGUCAGUAGAUUUCCUCACUAGUUUGUCUUCUAGAAAUCCCUGCAGACAAAUAUUAGUGCACCUUCCACUGCAGAUGUGCCGGCGCAAUGGAGCCAGUUGCUGAUGGAAGGUUUGCCUUCCCUGGUAUGCCCCAGUGUCGUUCUAUUUCUCCCCACCCCUCCACUCCCUUCAUCCCUAAUGGUCCAAAGUGAAUCACUUGGCAAUUUCAGAUCGACACAGAU